AUUAGAAAAAUGGAAUUGAAUUCGUUGUUUUUAAACUCGUGGUUAGUAAAAAAUUGGAAAAUUGCCUUGGCUGCGCUACUAGUAAUAGCUUUAGCAAAUUUUGUGCGCUAUAUAACUAAAUUACAAAGGUAUACGAAAAUAUUUGAAUUUAGUAAACAUAGGAAAACAUUGUUGGACGGCGAAGAAUAUGUGGGUGCUGAUUUUAAUAGCAAAGGGAAUAAAAGGGCACCUGAUGACACUACCCCUAACAACAGCUAUGUGCCGGCAUUAAAAGUAGAUAAGCAUGUUCCAUUUAAUGGGGCAACAGUGACUCUGCCUGGUGGUCCAAAACAAUUCUAUGAAUUAGCUAACAAUCGUCGAAGUGUACGCUCUUAUAGCGCUAAACGAAUUCCGCCCCUUGAAUUGAUCGAAGAAUGUAUACGCGCUGCUAGUACAGCUCCGAGUGGUGCACACACUGAACCAUGGACAUUUUGUGUUAUUAGUGAUCCGAACAUAAAACAACAUAUUCGUGAGAUAAUCGAAACAGAAGAAGAGAUGAAUUAUGCUCAACGUAUGCAUCGGCAGUGGACGGCCGAUUUGACUCCAUUACGUACAAAUCACAUCAAACCUUAUCUUACGGAUGCACCUUACUUAAUUUUGGUUUUCAAGCAAAUAUAUGGUUAUUUACCAAAUGGCGAGCGUAAACAACAUUACUACAAUGAGAUAUCAGUAGCAAUAGCCACAGGCAUUUUACUAUGCGCAUUACAGGCGGCUGGUUUGAAUUCAUUGGUUACUACUCCCUUGAAUUGCGGACUUGCCCUGCGUAAGUUACUCGCUAGACCGGAAAACGAAAAACUGCUCUUGCUACUACCUGUAGGCUAUGCCGCCGAUGACUGUGUCGUGCCAGAUUUGAAACGAAAAGCUCUGAAAGAAAUAAUGCAUCUAUACUGACAUAAAAAUAUGUUAAAUAAUAUUGAAUAGAAAAAAGUAUUAGGUAAAUGAAAAUUAUUAUAACUUAAAGUACAAAGACAAUUUGUUUUGUUGGUUUUACUAUUACUUGGUUUACAUAAUACUGAAAACUUAAUUUGAAAAAAAAAUGUAUAGACCAUACGGCGUCUAAAAAUCAA